CCACGCCACACUGACAUAGCGAUAGAAACACUGAUAACAAAAUAUCUAUUGAUGAAUAUUUUUUGCUGACUCUCCGCCUAGUGUUUUGUUUUUUAUUGGACGGAUUAAAGCAGUGCAUUGAAGGAGGAUUGUUAAGACUUAUUUAAUCAGUGAAGUGAAGUGUUGUGAAGUUGAUAAUGACUAAAAGUGUUUUGGACUAACGUGUCUCGAUUGAAUUUUUUCUAUAACUAAUAUUUUACAUUUUACAUUCCGUUAUGCUGCAUUCUGGAUCUCGUGAAAUUUGCCACUUUAAAUAACAUUAACUAAAUAACAAAAAACAUCCUCAUAAAAUGUAUUGAAACGUAAUGAAAAAGUAACAUACAUGACUGUUCGCGGCGUGAUUGGGUGACACCGGCAGCGAUGCAAGAAAUAUGCAACACCGCCGCGCUGCCGCUCGACAGUAACCCCUUAGUCCGCAAAAUAAAAUGUGAAGAGUUCCCUGUCAGAGGUAAACAGCCAGCGAGAAUUGGCAUGGGGGUGCGCGAUGAAAUGGAAGAAGAGUUUGCAGUCAAGACGAGGAAUACUCCGCCAAUGGGCCCCGCACCGGGACAAGAGCACCCGCGCAUGGAACAUGGCGGCAACGGCUUCUGGCUGGCGGCGGUUACAGCUGCCGGAGCACCCCAUCCAAUGCUUGAAACUUGUACGGAGACUGGCUUUAUUAACAGUCAACCUUCAAUGGCAGAGUUCAUGACUGCACUGCCUCAAUUAGGUGGUGGGGAAUUGAGCCCGCAACAUACCCCUCCUGGCUACGCUCCAGAUCUACCAUCACCGGGAGGCGGUCUCAACGUGCCCGAAUACCCGUGGAUGAAGGAAAAAAAGACGACGAGAAAGAAUAGUCAGCAAGAAAACGGUUUGCCGCGUAGGCUAAGAACAGCCUAUACAAACACUCAGUUACUGGAGUUAGAAAAAGAAUUCCACUUCAAUAAAUACCUUUGUAGACCAAGAAGAAUUGAAAUUGCAGCUUCGCUUGACCUCACAGAAAGACAGGUCAAGGUAUGGUUUCAAAACCGUCGUAUGAAACAUAAAAGACAAACAUUAAGCAAAAGUGAAGAUGGUGACGAUAAAGACUCCACAACAUCAGAAGGCGGCAAGAGUUCUAAAACGGGCUUGGAAAAGUUUCUUGAUGAUGAUGGUCCAUUAUCUGGUAAGAAAAGCUGCCAAGGCUGCGAACUGCCACCUGGAGCGUUGUGCUCUCCAGCUGAAGAUCUUCCGGAGCUCACAUCACGUACAAGGAACAAUAACACUCCGAGUGCUACAAAUAACAACAGCUUUGCUAGCGAUGGCGCUUCAAGUGUAGCUUCGUCAUCUUCGCUCGAUAAAAUGGCUGAAGAAGAUUCAAGAGAGGGUCCACCUCCUUCAAGUGUCGUCACGACGGCACCUAGAAAUCUUGCUAAACGUAUUAAACAAGAAUCUAGAAAACGUUCUCCAUCUUUAGAUGCAACAGGCUGUAAAGUGUCACCUUCUUCAUCAAAAGAUGGUCUCGUUGGUGUUGCCGGCUUAGACGGUGGAAAAUUUUCGUCAGUCAAUUUAACACCGUCAUCUACUCCUGGUACACCUUCCAGUAUGCAUCAAAGUCCUUUAGGACUGUACCCUCGACCGUCACCCCCACAUGUGCCACCUGGCCCACCGCUACCUCAAGCUGUACCUAACGCUAUGCCACCAUAUGUUAUAAGAGGGAACGCUCCACCUGGUCAAUUUGUUCCCCAUCCAGACUUUCGUAUGGACUCCAAACAAUUCGUUGGCAAACUAGCUCAGUACCAACAAAACAACAGAUCUUAUGAAGCGUACGGUCCCGCAUUGCAGGGUAGUGAUCAACAUGUAUACACACGGAACCAACAACACUCGAGGCAACAAGAGGGAUCUCCUGCAACGAGAACGACGAACGGUAUAGGGUCGAGACAAUCGUACCCGCAUGAAAUGUAUCAAAACUAUGGAUACGCAAGCUACAGCAAGGAUCAAGUAGCUUACGGCCACCCAGGUUAUGAUCAAACACAAGGAUAUCCUGGAGAACACAUGGGCUAUCCAAACAGUCACUACGGUUAUCAUUACCACGAGAGUGGGGCACACGACCAUGCUCACGGCUACUAUAGUAGUGAAGGACAAAAAAAUGUGCAUAGCAACGAUUAUACGAAGAAUGCAUAUUACGAUACAAACUCAUAUGGUAAUCAACAAGGUAGUGCAAGUGCGACAACCUAUGUAGCCGGUGCAACGCAGGGACCUACGCCUGGCGAGCCAUAUGCCGGUACAGGGGAAUGCGGCGACGGCUACGGUUCUUUCCAACAAUUUUAUGAAGCAACACACAACACUCCAACUACUGGUGAUAACUCAAAUUCUUCAUCAGACUUUCAUUUUCUUAGCAACCUUGCGAACGAUUUCGCUCCCGAAUAUUACACCAUUUGAGAUAAGGACUUCGCCGAGCAGGCGAGUGAUCUGUUCGUGUAACAAUUAAACGCGUGUAAUACAAUUAUUACAAUUCAUGUACAUAAAUAAAAAUCUUAGUGUAAGGGUUAUGGUGUUGAAUUUGAACUGAUUAUCGCCAAAGGCGGCUAAUUGAUAAUUGUUAUAUAUCUAUUUCUCUUUGUACGACUUAAAUACCCGUAACUGCGAUGUACUCGGUAUAAUGUAAAUAAACUACUCUUAAUAAUUGUUAUUCUCCAUAGAGUAAAUUACAUGAUAAUUUUACACGCGAAAUUAUGAAAAUAUCUUCUUAUGUAAAAAAUUAUUAGAUAUUGUCAAAUAUGCAAAAAAUAUAUACACAGACUUUAUAUUACAGAAAUUAAUUCAGAAGUCUUAGAUAUACUAUGUACUCAAUUUAUCAAUUGUGCUAAAUCGAUGCAGCCAUAUAGCAAUUACUUAUAAAAAU